GUGAGCAUUCACUGAGGUGACGCGGUAGCGGCCUCAGCCGGCCCUGCGGGCUGUUAUUUUGAGAGAGGGGAGCCCCAGGGAAGGAAUCAGCCCGGGCCGCUGGCUGACCCCGUAGCGGCUCGGACGAGUCCCCAACGGCUGGGCUGGGCUGGACUGUCGCGGCCCUAGGUCUCAGGUAACCAUGUGCGACCGAAAGGCCGUGAUCAAAAAUGCGGACAUGUCGGAGGAGAUGCAACAGGACUCGGUGGAGUGCGCUACUCAGGCGUUGGAGAAAUAUAACAUAGAGAAGGACAUUGCGGCCCAUAUCAAGAAGGAGUUUGACAAGAAGUACAACCCCACCUGGCACUGCAUUGUGGGGAGGAACUUCGGUAGUUAUGUGACACAUGAAACCAAGCACUUCAUCUACUUCUACCUGGGCCAAGUGGCCAUUCUUCUGUUCAAAUCUGGUUAAAGCAUGGACUGCCACCCAGCCAGUGAUCCAUCCAAAAACAAGGACUGCAGCCUAAACUCCAAACACCAGAGACUGAAAUCCUCAGCCUUCCUAAGGGAACACCUUGAUCUCUGAACCUUUAUUGUGUUGUUUUGUGCAGGGCAUUCUCUGUACUAGUUUGUUGUGGUUAUAAAACAAUUAGCAAAACAGCUUACAUUUGUAUUUAUUUUUUGUUUCGUACUUCUCCCUGCCCCGUGUUUUUUCUUUCAAAAUCCAUUCCUUUCAAACAAAAUAAAUCAGUUGAAGAUGUG